AUGCGAAACAAGAGGGGUCAAGACCCAAAUCUCUUCUGUGAAUUUCACAAAGACACAGGACACUUAACUGACGACUGUUUCAGCUUAAAGCAAGAAAUAGAAAGGGUCUUGAGAGAUGGAAAGCUCACCCAUCUGAUAAAAGGUGGAAAGCGCGACUACCGCCAGAUUCAAAGAAGAGAAGAAGGGCCAGAUAACAAAAAACUCCGGAAAUUAGAAACCCACAUGGUUCAAGGGGGUCCACGAAGGCCAAGAAAAAAUUAUAACAAGCGCACACAAGAUGACUCAUGGCGCGAGAGACAAGUUGUUUUCCCUGUUGUAAGAGGAGGUCCAAGAGAAAGAAGACCCAUAGUCAUAUCUGGUGUAAUCGGUCACUACCAAACCGACUACAUUUUCAUCGAUCCAGGGAGCACCGCGGACAUCAUAUACGAACAAUGUUUUAAUCAAUUCGACCAAGAGGACAAGGCACGCUUGGAACCAGUUGACUACCCACUAACUGGUUUCUGCAAUGAAGCCGUCUAUCCCUUCGGCCAAAUAUCAUUCCCGGUGCUACUCUCAGACGGAUGA